GAGGCCAGCCGAAGAGGAAGAGGAGACGCCGGAGGCGCGCUCUGCGCAGGCGCGCGGCGCCCCGCCUCCCUAGCGUCGGCUCCCCGGCGGGCGGUGCGGGCCCUCCCACUCUACCCCGCGCCGUCUCACGGCCCCGGCCCUAGCUUCACCCCGACUACCCGGCGUGCGCGUCCUCCUGCCGGCCUGCAGGCCCGGGGCCUCCGCCUGCUUCCCCACAGCUGCUCCUUGCGGCCCCGCUCGCGUUCACGCUGUCGCCCGGGCCGGCGCGGCCGCGGGCAACCGCUCCCCCUCCCACACCUACCCCGCCCCCUCCCCGCCUUUUCCGCCCUCCGGUCCCCCUCCCUCGGCCCGCUGCUGCUGCUCCAGAUGAGGUGAUGGCAACGGCCAACUUCGGCAAGAUCCAGAUCGGGAUUUACGUGGAGAUCAAGCGCAGCGAUGGCCGAAUACAUCAAGCAAUGGUAACAUCUUUAAAUGAAGAUAAUGAAAGUGUAACUGUUGAAUGGAUAGAAAAUGGAGAUACAAAAGGCAAAGAGAUUGACCUGGAGAGCAUCUUUUCACUUAACCCUGACCUUGUUCCUGAUGAAGAAAUUGAACCCAGUCCAGAAACACCUCCACCUCCAGCAUCCUCAGCCAAAGUAAACAAAAUUGUAAAGAAUCGACGGACUGUAGCUUCUAUUAAGAAUGACCCUCCUCCAAGAGAUAAUAGAGUGGUUGGUUCAGCACGUGCACGGCCCAGUCAAUUUCCUGAACAGUCUUCUUCUGCACAACAGAAUGGUAGUGUUUCAGAUAUAUCUCCAGUUCAAGCUGCAAAAAAGGAAUUUGGACCCCCUUCACGUAGAAAAUCUAAUUGUGUGAAAGAAGUAGAAAAACUGCAAGAAAAACGAGAGAAAAGGAGAUUGCAACAGCAAGAACUUAGAGAAAAAAGAGCCCAGGACGUUGAUGCUACAAACCCAAAUUAUGAAAUUAUGUGUAUGAUCAGAGACUUUAGAGGAAGUUUGGAUUAUAGACCAUUAACAACAGCAGAUCCUAUUGAUGAACAUAGGAUAUGUGUGUGUGUAAGAAAACGACCACUCAAUAAAAAAGAAACUCAAAUGAAAGAUCUUGAUGUAAUCACAAUUCCUAGUAAAGAUGUUGUGAUGGUACAUGAACCAAAACAAAAAGUAGAUUUAACAAGGUACCUAGAAAACCAAACAUUUCGUUUUGAUUAUGCCUUUGAUGACUCAGCUCCUAAUGAAAUGGUUUACAGGUUUACUGCUAGACCACUAGUGGAAACUAUAUUUGAAAGGGGAAUGGCUACAUGCUUUGCUUAUGGGCAGACUGGAAGUGGAAAAACUCAUACUAUGGGUGGUGACUUUUCAGGAAAGAACCAAGAUUGUUCUAAAGGAAUUUAUGCAUUAGCAGCUCGAGAUGUCUUUUUAAUGCUAAAGAAGCCAAACUAUAAGAAGCUAGAACUUCAAGUAUAUGCAACCUUCUUUGAAAUUUAUAGUGGAAAGGUGUUUGACUUGCUAAACAGGAAAACAAAAUUAAGAGUUCUAGAAGAUGGAAAACAGCAGGUUCAAGUGGUGGGAUUACAGGAACGGGAGGUCAAAUGUGUUGAAGAUGUACUGAAACUCAUUGACAUAGGCAACAGUUGCAGAACAUCCGGUCAAACAUCUGCAAAUGCACAUUCAUCUCGGAGCCAUGCAGUGUUUCAGAUUAUUCUUAGAAGGAAAGGAAAACUACAUGGCAAAUUUUCUCUCAUUGAUUUGGCUGGAAAUGAAAGAGGAGCUGAUACUUCCAGUGCGGACAGGCAAACUAGGCUUGAAGGUGCUGAAAUUAAUAAAAGCCUUUUAGCACUCAAGGAGUGCAUCAGAGCCUUAGGUAGAAAUAAACCUCAUACUCCUUUCCGUGCAAGUAAACUCACUCAGGUGUUAAGAGAUUCUUUCAUAGGUGAAAACUCUCGUACCUGCAUGAUUGCCACAAUCUCUCCAGGAAUGGCAUCCUGUGAAAAUACUCUUAAUACAUUAAGAUAUGCAAAUAGAGUAAAGGAGUUUGGAAUUAGUCCAUCAGACAUUCCCUUCUCACAGGGUAGUGGCAGUCGCCCUGAUCUCUCUCCUUCUUAUGAAUAUGACGACUUUUCUCCUUCAGUUACCAGGGUCAAAGAAUUGACUGUAGAUCCAACUGCUGCUGGUGAUGUUCGUCCAAUAAUGCACCAUCCACCAAACCAGAUUGAUGACUUAGAGACACAGUGGGGUGUGGGGAGUUCCCCUCAGAGAGAUGAUCUAAAACUUCUUUGUGAACAAAAUGAAGAAGAAGUCUCUCCACAGUUGUUUACUUUCCACGAAGCUGUUUCACAAAUGGUAGAAAUGGAAGAACAAGUUGUAGAAGAUCACAGGGCAGUGUUCCAGGAAUCUAUUCGGUGGUUAGAAGAUGAAAAGGCCCUCUUAGAGAUGACUGAAGAAGUAGAUUAUGAUGUCGAUUCAUAUGCUACACAACUUGAAGCUAUUCUUGAGCAAAAAAUAGACAUUUUAACUGAACUGCGGGAUAAAGUGAAAUCUUUCCGUGCAGCUCUACAAGAGGAGGAACAAGCCAGCAAGCAAAUCAACCCGAAGAGACCCCGUGCCCUUUAAACCGGCAUUUGCUGCUAAAGGAUACCCAGAACCCUCACUACUGUAACAUACAACGGUUCAGCUGUAAGGGCCAUUUGAAAGUUUGGAAUUUUAAGUGUCUGUGGAAAAUGUUUUGUCCUUCACCUGAAUUACAUUUCAAUUUUGUGAAACACUCUUUUGUCUACAAAAUGCUUCUAGUCCAGGAGGCACAACCAAGAACUGGGAUUAAUGAAGCAUUUUGUUUCAUUUACACAAAUAGUGAUUUACUUUUGGAGAUCCUUGUCAGUUUUAUUUUCUAUUUGAUGAAGUAAGACUGUGGACUCAAUCCAGAGCCAGAUAGUAGGGGGAAGCCACAGCAUUUCCUUUUAACUCAGUUCAAUUUUUGUAGUGACACUGAGCAGUUUUAAAUCCUUUGCGUGCAUGCAUACCUCAUCAGUGAUUGUACAUACCUUGCCCACUCCUAGAGACAGCUGUGCUCAUCUUUUCCUGCUUUGUGCCUUGAUUAAGGCUACUGACCCUAAAUUUCUGAAGCACAGCCAAGAAAAAUUACAUUCCUUGUCAUUGUAAAUUACCUUUGUGUGUACAUUUUUACUGUAUUUGAGACAUUUUUUGUGUGUGACUAGUUAAUUUUGCAGGAUGUGCCAUAUCAUUGAACGGAACUAAAGUCUGUGACAGUGGAUAUAGCUGCUGGACCAUUCCAUCUUAUAUGUAAAGAAAUCUGGAAUUAUUAUUUUAAAACCAUAUAACAUGUGAUUAUAAUUUUUCUUAGCAUUUUCUUUGUAAAGAACUAAAAUAUAAACUAGUUGGUGUAUAAUAAAAAGUAAUGAAAUUCUGAGAA